CGCAGCAUGUCGUGGGCGUGGUCCGUGGAGCGGCUGCGGGUGCGAGCAGUCGGUGUGGAGUGAAGCGGUUGAGGACCGGCAGCUGUAUGGAGAUAGCCGGAGCGGACUGAGGGUCUGCCGGGAUCGUGUGCCAGGGUCUGCUGCCGCCGCUGCUGCUGUGAGGACGGAGAGAGGCGCAGGAGGCGAAUCCGGCGCUGCUGCCGGGACUGGAUAGCUGGACAGGAGCCGCUCUGGGAUCGCUGAAAAUGUCUGACAACGGUAUAGACUUCAACGAUAAACCUCCAGCUCCGCCCCUGAGGAACACCAGCACUUUAAUUGGAGCCAGUGUGAAGGACACCAUAAACCAUGGCUCAAGACCUCUUCCCCCAAAUCCAGAAAAGAAGACGAAGAGGCUUCUGAACAUGUUACCCGGGACUGGAGAUAAAACCAUGAAAAAGACUGUUAAAAAGCCAGUAAUCCCAGUAAUCUCACCCCCGACGGAUUUCGAGCACACCCUUCAUAUCGGCUUUGAUCCUGUAACCGGAAAAUUCACUGGAAUGCCAGAACAAUGGGCACGGCUGUUGCAGACUUCCAAGAUUUCAGAAGAAGAGCAGAAGAAGAAUCCUCAGGCCAUACUGGAUGUGCUGAAGUUUUAUAACUCCAAGAAACCCACCAACAGCCAGAAGUACAUGAGCUUCACAGAUAACGAACUUGAGGUUUACAUGCCGUCUGACAGCACGAAUUCCAAUGUCGUCUCCGAAGUCCAUGAUAUAGCUCCAGUUUGUGAGGAUGAAGAUGAAGAGGAGCCCGCUGCCCCUCCUGCUGUGGCCCCGCGUCCUAUAUAUACAAUGUCGGUGCACACUCGCUCUGUCAUAAUCCCAGCGCCUCCUCCAGUGAAAGACGAGGCACCCUUACCACCCCCCGAACCUCAAGGAAACGGUGAGAAGUCGGCUGAUGCCUCCGCAACACCCACAGAGAAAACCAAGAAAAAGGCCAAGAUGUCAGAUGAGGAGAUCUUGGAAAAACUGAGAAGCAUCGUGAGUGUGGGGGACCCCAAGAAAAGGUACACCAGAUUCGAGAAGAUCGGGCAGGGGGCAUCAGGAACCGUGUACAUUGCAUUGGAAGUGGCCACUGGACAAGAGGUGGCAAUUAAGCAGAUGAAUCUAAAACAGCAGCCAAAGAAAGAGUUAAUUAUUAACGAGAUCCUUGUAAUGAGGGAAAACAAGAAUCCAAACAUCGUAAACUAUCUUGACAGUUACCUGGUUGGGGAAGAGCUGUGGGUGGUCAUGGAGUACCUGGCCGGGGGGUCGCUGACGGAUGUAGUCACGGAGACCUGCAUGGCUGAAGGACAGAUAGCCGCCGUCUGCAGGGAGUGUCUUCAGGCCUUAGAGUUCCUGCACGCGAACCAAGUUAUCCACCGAGACAUAAAGAGCGACAACAUCCUGCUGGGGAUGGACGGGGCCGUGAAAUUAACGGACUUUGGGUUUUGUGCCCAGAUUACCCCUGAAGAAAGUAAGCGCAGUACAAUGGUUGGAACCCCCUACUGGAUGGCACCUGAAGUAGUAACACGCAAAGCGUACGGUCCAAAAGUGGAUAUCUGGUCUCUGGGGAUCAUGGCCAUAGAAAUGGUAGAAGGAGAGCCGCCAUACUUAAAUGAAAAUCCUCUCAGAGCGCUCUACCUUAUUGCUACUAAUGGUACUCCAGAACUGCAGGAACCAGAGAAGUUGUCUGUUACGUUUAAGGACUUUCUCAACCAAUGCCUGGAGAUGGAUGUAGAGAAGAGAGGGUCUGCGGGAGAUCUUCUUCAGCACCCAUUCCUGAAGACCGCCGAGCCCCUCUCCAGCCUCACCCACCUCAUUAUCGCAAGUAAGGAGGCGACCAAGAAAAACCAUUAAGUACUGGGACGCAUUGAUUUGUGAACUCCUGGCCUUGGGCGUAAUGACCGCUCGCUUGGCCGGCUUUUCUGUGUGUACGGAUCCUGCGGCCGCUCCCUGGAGUGUAACGGACUGAACGGCGAGUGACGCUACAUGUGAAGAUUCAAAUUUAUUUUUUUUUCUCUCUCUCGUUUUGGAGCUUUGACGAUUAAUGAUCUGAAUAAAUGAAACAUCUUGUUCUCUAAGCGCGGAUUUGUCCGAAUUCUCUGCAAAGAGUAUAAGUAGGUAGAGCGUCAUGGUAGCAUACCUUAAAGGGCCUCGACACCUAAACGCACCAGCGGCGUUCUAAGAGGAGCAGCGAACAUCAGAAGUAAAUGUAUAUGAUCUCAGCUCUGGAGUUCCAUGACUUAAAGUGAUAUAAACAACAAACGAGAAAACCGUAUGAAAGCCGCACAUCCAAGGACCAAAUCAAUGUUUCUUUUAUUAGGGAAAAACACAAACACAUAGAAAAAUUGUAUACAAUGAACUCAGUGCAAGAUAAAAUAUGACCAAGCACAGACCAAUGCCUCACGAUGUCCCAGAUCUGGAUAGAACAUGUGUAGCCGGGGACAAUAGAAUAGCCAGUAACUAAGGUAGAUCCCAAUAGUGAUGAUGUGACCUCAAUAAAUAUGGCGCUGUACCUAGAAGUUGUAGAACGGUCCCAGGCUAUGAAGUGAGCAUUGUCAAGAACGCCCCAUGCGUAUCGCCAGGAAUACCCAGCUUCCUCAGGGGUCCUAUGAAGUGAGCAUUGUCAAGAACGCCCCAUGCGUAUCGCCAGGAAUACCCAGCUUCCUCAGGGGUCAAGGGUUAAUAUCGGAUAGAUCCCUAGAUAUACACAUAAGUUAAUAAAUACAUGACUUCUCCAAAUGAAAUCGCCUAUAUGUGGUCGGAGACGCAAUGUGGCCAUGUCCCAGGCAAAGUAAAGCGUCAGACGCAUGCUGCGGUAUUUGUCCG